GCCUGUUUCGUGUACAUUGUUGUCCUUGCAGUGCAGAGUAGCGAGUGGAGUGCGAGAAUAAUCGAAAAAAUGUAUCUUUCGCUAAAUUUGAGUGCGAUGUUGCGCACUGUGUUUAAUGAAUCUUACGCCUGAGUGAACCGCCGGUUCGCCGGAAUCUCGAACGAUCCUACAUGUCUAGAGAUGGAAUCCUAUAAUAUGCCUGUAACGCCUGUAACCGCCGAUCAUAGAUUGAAAUAGACUCAUGGUACUGUGACGUGCCUUUGCGGGUCGGAAAUCCACUUAGGAAAUAGAGGAAAUAGGCUCGCGAUACCAUCGAAGUCAGAUUCCUCCAACAAUUUCGUAUUGAAAUCGUAACGAUCAAUUAUCCGAUUCCCGUUGAUUUUAUUUAUAGUGCCUAACUUUGCAUGUGACUCGGUUUAAGACAAAUAUGUGUCUAUUCACCGAAUGACAUGUCCUAAUCCUAAUCAUUUGCCUGUUAGUGUGUUGGACAUGGAUUCUCUUACAAUUAACUAAAAUCGUUACAAUUGAAACAAAAUUUAUAAGAAAAGAAAUUCAAAAUGGAAUCAGCUAUAGCUGGACGAAAGCGAACUGCUACACGGCAUUCUGCAGAAGACCAAGCACUUGAUCAAAUAGCUAAGGAGGCAGAAGCAAGACUGGCUGCUAGGAGACAGGCAAGAGCCGAAGCCAGGGAUAUACGAAUGCGUGAAUUAGAAAGACAACAAAAAGAAGCAGAAGAGAAUGCUGAUAGGGUGUAUGACAUUUGUGCAGUUGAUAUAAAUAGAACCAUGAGAGUAACUCCAGAUCCAGUACGUACAUCACGACUUACAAAUUCCAAUAAUUUCCAAUCGAGUCGUAGAUCUUCAGAAGAUUCAUUGGAAGAUGCAGGAUUGAGCAGAGAUAUUAGGCUGGAAUUAAAAGAAUUUGAAGAAAAGUUUAGAAAAGCUAUGAUAGCUAAUGCUCAGUUAGACAAUGAAAAAUCGUCUUAUGCCUACCAAGUUGAUUUGUUGAAAGAUAAAUUGGAAGAAUUAGAGGAAACCACUACACAAUUACGUAGAGAAUUAAGAGAGAAGAAUCGAGAUGUUGAACAAUUAAAACGAGUCAGUCAACGUUUGAAAGAAGAUUUAGAUAUUUGCAGAGCACAGUUAUUAGAAAGAGAUACACUUAUACAAGAAAACGGUUUAGUCAUUGUUGACAAUAAGGAAAAUGAAGAUGAGGAUAACGAAAAUAUCGAAAAUGGAUUAUGUCAUAAAAAAAAGUUAUUAGUCAGUACAGAAGCUGCAGAAUUAUUAGAAACGGCUGGUAAAGGUUCACUAGAUAUUCGACUACGGAAAUUUGCUUCUGAAAAAAAGGAAUUACAAGAUGAGAUUCGCCAUUUAAGAUUGGAAUUAGAAGAAACUAGAAAUCGCAUGAGACCCGAAAAAUCAUCUGGUUCGAUAUUAGGUUUAUCAGAUAACGAAGAUAUUCAACGUGAAGCAAAUAAAUUAUUGGCCGAUUAUAAAUUUAAAUUACAAAAAGCAGAACAAGAUAUGUCUACACUGCAAGCAACAGUAGCUAGAUUAGAAAGUCAAGUAAUUCGUUACAAAUCAGCUGCAGAAGCAUCUGAAAAAGCAGAAGAUGAGUUGAAAGUAGAAAAAAGAAAAUUGCAGAGAGAAGUAAGAGAAACACAAAGUCGUGUAGAGGAAUUGGAGACAGCAAAUUCUCAUCUACAAAGGAGAUUGGAUAAACUUAAAAACGCUAAAUCAGCUCUUCUAAAAGAGCUUUGACAAAUUAAUGUUUGCAGAGAUGUACAAUAAGUUUGUUACUUAUAUCUUAAACAAAUCAUAACCCGAUGUUGCCUCCAAUUAAUAUCAUUUAUUACUUUAAAUACAAUUUACAAAGGCAAAGAUUACAUAUUACCGUUAUAACAUUUCAUUAUGUAGCGGAUGUAAUCCAGACAUAAAAAAUUGCUGUGGAAAAGAUUCCUACCUCUUACAUUUACUAA